AUGGCCUCCGGGGGCAACCCUGCUCCCGACGACAGCGAGGACGAUGGCGACCCUCCCGUCCAGGAGCGCCAGCCUGAGCGUGAGGGUACCACCCUCACGCUCUUCUUUCCACUCCCGGCGACGUUUCUAUGCUGCGAGGAGGGCUGCGCGACCGCCUACAACCCAGAAGUGUGGACGUCGCGCCGCCAGUCGCUGCAGCGGCACCUCGAGGGGGAGCAUGGCGUGCGGAUAACCCGGACGGUAUACCACUUGCCCGACCUGCUCGAGCUCCUUCACGUCAAGAAGGGGCUCUACAAUCAUGAGCAACGGCACCGGAGGGAGGAGGCACUCCUGGCCCGGCAGAACGCUACCGCCGGUCCACCACCAGCAGCCGCUGUAGCCGGUCCUUCAGGAGAGUCCUGCCGUGCAGGGGACACCAGGACGCCACCUCAUCAGCCUCCACCUGGACCGGCUACACCCCCACAUCCCCCCCUUUUGUCGGCGGUUUCACCCACGCAGGCUGAAGGCGAGCUGACGGCGGACCAAUGCCCCCCUGCCCCAAGCACCGUGACCGGGCCUCCCUCACAGGAGGUCACACCUGCUCCUAUGGACGGAGAUGGGGCCCUGGGGGAGCUUGCACUCGGAGCGACGCCCGUCGUCUCGACGAGUCAGCUGCUUCGUGACUCCGCGGACGACGACGGCACGGAGAGCGCGCCAGUACACCAGGCGGACAAUGCGGGUGACGACCAGCCGGGUGAUGACUCCAACCAGGCAGUUUCUGCAGGCGAUGACGUCAGCUCCUCGGAAGAGUACGCCAGCCCAGCUGUGGACGACACCGAGGAGCCAGCUGACCAGCAGAUGGGGCGCGUCGUCGAGUUGUCGGCGCCUACCGAGCAGGCGACGACACUCGCAAACAACUUUGGCGAAGCGGGGCGAGAACCCGCCGAACCGACAGCGCCCCAUGGCGACGUCACCGGCAGCAACUACGGUACACAGGACGAGGCAGCUGACACCCUGGGGCCCGAGAGUGCCUGGUUCCUGGCGGAGGUGACGGCAGAGCUACGUGACCUUGGCCGGAGCCCUGUGUCGGAGGAGCAAUGGGCGCGGUUCGAGCCCAUCCUGGACCGCGCCGAGGCAGCCAUCGUUGACCAUCUUCGGCUGCCCUGUCGGGGCUCACGCCAAACACCACCUCGGCGUGAGAUAAACCCCGACAAUGCUUCUCUCAUACAGGGACUUUACAGGAGAAACCGGCGACGGGCCGUCCGCCUCAUUGCGGAGGGCCCGUCCGAGCUCUGCCCCAUCAACCCAGGCACCCUUCAAGGCCACUUCACUGAACUCUGGGCCCCGGUAGCCGUGGAUACAACGCUCCUCAGGUCACGAGCCCCCACAACAGAGGAGAUGGACACGUGCCCCUUCCUGCCAGACGAAGUCGCAGCCAAGCUCCGAAGGUGCGAAAGCACAGCUCCUGGGGAGGACCGUCUGACCUACCACCACUGGAGGCAGGUGGAUCCUGACGGGCGGUUCCUGGCGGCGGUGUUCAACAUCUGUCUCUUACACCGCCGCACACCCCAGAGCUGGAAAUCAUCGAGGACGAUCCUGAUUUACAAGAAGGGCGACCGCGAGGAUCCUACAAACUGGCGACCCAUUGCCCUUGGUCGAACGAUCGCCAAACUGUAUGCCGGGUGUCUCACGACCCGGCUGCAGCGGUGGUUGGGCGACCAUGCGGUCUUGUCCAGGUGUCAGAAGGGCUUCCUGCCGUACGAUGGGGUGUUUGAACACAACUUCGUGCUGCAGGGACGCCUGGAUGACGCCAGGACAAAAGGUGGGGAGCUGCCCUCGUUGAGGCUGUCCGCGGCGCCGGCGCAGGGAGAGACCUUCGCGGAGAUCGUGGAGGAGCUCUACCGCGCCAACACCACCUGCGUCGUGGCAGCAGCUGGCACCACGGAGCCUAUCCCCAUCAGAGCUGGCCUGAGGCAGGGAUGUCCACUGAGCGGCCUGCUAUUCAACUUGGUGGUGGAUCCAGUCAUCAGGGCAGUGCAGGGAGGCGAUAAGCAGCACAACAUCCUUGCUUACGCCGAUGAUCUGACUCUGCUCGCUGCGGACCCCACCACCUUGCAGCGCCGUCUCAACGUCGUGACAGCCCUCUCGGACCGGCUGGGACUGCGACUCAAGCCCGCCAAGUGCCGCACCCUCCACCUAUCCGGGCGCUAUCCGGUGGGCACACGGCCCACCACUUUCACCGUUGGAGGCGUCCCGGUUCCGGCACUGGCGGACUACGAGGGGCAUCGUUUCCUGGGGCGACCUGUGGGCUUUCGGGUCCUCCCGGACCAAACGACCGUCGACGAGGCCAUCCACCUGGGCAGGAAGCUACUCUCCUCAAUGCUCACCCCGUGGCAGAGGCUGGAUGCAGUUAAAACUUUUUUAUAUCCAGCUCUCAACUUCGCCAUGCGGGUGGGCCUCGCCAGCAAGGGAGAGUGGCAGCGUCUGGAUGACGAGCUCCGCCCCCUCAUCAAGAAGACCCUGUACGUUCCGGCCAGAGCAUCUAACGACUACGUGUACGGGAGCGCACGGGCCGGCACUGCAGGGAUCCCUUUGGCGGCGGAGCUGAGUGACAUCUGCCGGGUGGACGGGGCCUUCAAGCUCCUGACGUCGACGGACUCGGAGGUUCGGGAGCGGGCAAGGGAGGCGCUGCACCAGGUGGUCUCCAGGCGGCUCCGACGCGAGGCUGACGACGAGGACAUCGAGGCCUACCUCUCGGGCGACACGGAAGGCGACUUCAGACAGACCCCAACUCAACUUCAGUCUGUCUGGACGGAGGCCCGCAAAGCCUCCCGUCGCCUAACUGUCGCCUGGGAGCUACAAGACCAGGGCGCCCGCAUCACCUGCGGGGAGGCCACGGUGUCCGCGCGGAACCGGAACAAGCUGGUGAGAACUCUCCGGGCCAUCCUCAGCCAGAACCGGGACCGUUCCCUCGAGGCGAAGCCAAACCAGGGCAAGGCGAUGGCGUGUGUAGCGGCGGACCCCGCUAACUCCCACUUCAUGCGGACCGGCCGCUACACCAGGUUCAAGGAGUGGCGCUUCAUUCAUCGAGCCCGGCUUAAUCUCCUCCCCCUCAAUGGCACACGUACCUGGGUACCUGCAGCAGAUAAACGGUGCCGACGCUGCGGGUACAGGGAGGAGACGCUGCCGCACGUACUCUGCCAUUGUAUGCGGCAGAGCCGGGCAAUGACGGAGCGCCACAACGCCAUCGUCGCACGUAUCAAGAAGGCUGCCCUGGGAAGGUUCACCGUCAUCGGGGAGAACCAACAGGUCGGACUUCCCGGCCUGCGACCUGACCUGGUCCUGGCACGAGGCGAGGAAGCCUUGAUCCUGGACGUCUGCUGCCCUUUUGACAACAGACUGCAGGCGUUCCAGGAAGCCCGGAGGCUUAAGGAGGAGAAGUACGCCCCCUUACAGCGACAUCUCCUCCGACGGUUCCAGCGCGUCUCCAUCGAAGCCAUCGUCGUCGGCUGCCUGGGGUCGUGGGAUCCGGCGAACGAUCGUGUCACGCGCAGACUGUGUUCUAAGAACUAUCUGCGAACAAUGAAACGCUUGUGCGUCAGUGACACGAUCGCGGCUUCCACGGACAUUUACCGCCGCCACAUCGGUGUACAGUGA